GCAACCAUGAUUUGCAGGAAUCCACACACAAUUUCUUGUCUGUGGGAUCAUUAGCCCCCUUCCUCGUUUGUCUUUAACAAUUUCCUAGAAAUUUCCUAAACCAAACCCAUUUAGGAGUAUUUAUUAAUAUUGCUACUAAGCAAAGUGAUAGUAAAUUAUGGGCUUUGUGAAGUUUCUCCGUCUGAAGCUGAGAGGGAGGAGGGCGGCGGAGAGGGUUGCAGCCGUUGAUAUUGGCGGAGAAGGAGAUGUCGGAGAUGCGAUUUUCUGCAAGUCCAUGGGUGAAGGAGCGAUUGUGUAUGCGUGGGAAGAGAUUAGGAAAUUUACGAUGGAUUUUGCAACUGUGAUCGGAUAUGGAGGUUUUAGUACUGUUUAUCUUGCUCAACUCUCCGAUUCGUUGACGGCGGCGGUGAAGAUCCAGUUUCGCUGCACACAGCGUUUGAAUGAAGCUUACAAGCAGGAAUUGGAGAUUUUGCUUCGAAUCAACCACCCUUAUAUUGUCAAGUUGCUUGGCUAUUGUGGUGAAGAUAAUAGAGAACAAGGCACAUUAAUAUUGGAGCACGCAGUGAACGGCAAUCUUCAUGAAAAGCUGCAUAAUUCAAUCUCAAGCCUCUCAUGGCGGAGAAGGAUGGCCAUAGCCUUCCAGCUCGCCACCGCCGUAGAUUAUCUCCACCAAAACUGCAUCAUCCACUGCGACAUCAAAUCUUCCAACAUCUUACUCGACGACAAGCUCAACUGCAAGCUCUGCGAUUUCGGCUCAUCGAAAAUGGGCUUCGCUUCACUAGUAGCCUCUUCCAGCUCGAGGAGCCGAGCAGCGAUGCUCGGCUCACCUGGCUACACCGAUCCUCACUACAUGAGGACGGGACUCACCUCCAAGAAGAGCGACGUGUACAGCUUUGGAGUGAUCCUGUUGGAGCUCGUGUCCGGGAUGGAAGCCCUCGACCCAUUGAGUGGGGAGAGGCUGACCGCGAGGGUGGGCCCCGCUCUUCGAGAUGUGGAGAAGGUUGUUGAGAUGGUUGACCCGCGGCUGAAAAGCCGCGGGGAUUUUGAUUGGGAGGAAGCUAAGGCAGUGGGCGAGGUGGCGGCCACGUGCCUUAGGCCAUCCACAACGCUGUUCCUAUACCGUUCCUAAACCGUUUCUUAAACCACUAUUUGAGGGCCCCACUGUAC